GCGGUGCACGGCGCCACGGACAACGCCCGCCGCUUCUCCGUGACCCGGUUGCUGGAACCGGAGCGGCCCGCCGCCUAUGAGGACUCCCCCGCGGGCGGCGCGGCCGGGCGGCGGCGGUCCUCGCAGAAGCCGCGCCGCAACCGGACCACCUUCAGCUCGGCGCAGUUGGCGGCGCUGGAGCGCGUGUUCGAGCGCACGCACUACCCCGACGCCUUCGUGAGGGAAGACCUCGCCAGGAGGGUGCAGCUGAGCGAGGCGCGCGUGCAGGUGUGGUUCCAGAACCGGCGGGCCAAGUUCCGGCGCAACGAGCGGAGCGUCAUGUCGAGUCGUGGCUGCGGCCUCGGCCUGGGGGCGGGCCUGGGGGCGGGCCUGGGGGCGGGCCUGGGCCUGGGCGCUCUCACCGCACCCUUCGGCCCACAGGACCAGGACACGGCACACCGACACCUGGGGGACGCCCAGUCGGCCCAGUCCAUGACGGACUACUCCAUGCUAUGGAAGGGAGCGGAGGCCGCCAGCCUGGGCCAGAGCCUGGGGCAGAGCCUGGGGCCGGGGCUGGUCCACCCCGAGGCCCCUCUCCUGCACCACGGCCACCACGGCCACCAGCCCAACCCUUCCUGCGCGUUCAUGGCGGCAGGCCUGCCACCAGCUUACAGCACGACGAGCGCCCCGUACAGCGUCACGACCAGUAUCGCCAACCUGAGACUGCGAGCGCACGAGUACAGCAGAGACGCGCUUAGCUAUUACUGACUUUCGAUAUUCAUGAAAAUACCGAAAAUACCACGUGCCAUACUUGCGGAUAACAAGAGCAAUCAAAGUUUUGUUACUUUCGGGAUCCAUGCGAAUGGAUACACGUAUACACCUAAAGCAACAAUCCCUAAAGGAGCAGGAACCAUUGCAAAUUGAAAGCGCACUGCAAAUUCCUCCGAUGAUAUUUGAUCAUAUUUCCAACUACAAAAUGUCACAUCGUAACCAACGACUGACUUAGUUUAACCAUGCUGCUUAGUAUGUGCGCGUUCAGUUGUUGGCGAAUAAACAUUUGACUCUA